AUGAGUGCCUAUCGGGAUAUCACGACGGUUGUCACGGACUCGAAGGUGGUUCCGGGUCGUGACACAUCCUCUAUUACUUUAUUCCUCAAGAUGUACAACAGAACUCUUCUAAAAUGGAAAGCUAGCCUUGACAACAAAAGCCAAACUUUGCUCUCUUCGUGGCUUGGAGACAGCCAUUGCAACUGGCUCGGAAUCACUUGCGACAAGGCAGGAAGCAUCACCAAUCUAAGCCUUCCAAAUUAUGUAGAAGGCCUCAGAGGGAAUAUUCCAUCUGAAAUUUGUUUAUUGAAAAGUCUUCAGUGGGUUUCUUUAGUAGGAAAUAAGAUCAGUGGUUCCAUUCCACAAGAAAUAGGAAGGCUGAGUUCAGUUUCUGAGAUCUAUUUCAAUCAUAACUAUCUAAGUGGUCCAAUCCCUGCCUCUAUUGGAAGCUUGCAUAAUUUAACCAAGCUUCACCUUGGGAGCAACAGACUCACUGGCCGUAUACCAGGAGAAGUAGGAAUGUUGAGGUCUCUCCUCUAUCUUGAUUUUUCAAAUAACAGCCUAAGUGGUCCUAUCCCAGAAUCCAUUGGAAAUUUAACCAAGUUGGUGCAGCUUUAUCUACAUCGGAAUGAGCUCUCUGGUUCUAUCCCGAGCGAAAUAGGACAACUUGGAUCUUUGUCCGAUUUGCAGUUGUCAACUAAUAAUCUCACAGGUGUCAUUCCUGCUUCCAUAGGAAACUUGACCAGCUUAUCCUAUCUUAACCUCAAUGGCAAUAUGUUUUCUGGAUCGAUACCUCCAGAAGUUGGAAUGCUUAAAUCUCUCUCCGUACUUGUGCUCGCUAAGAAUAAUUUCUCUGGUUCAAUCCCUGCUUCAAUAGGAAACUUGACAAAGCUUACUGUAUUAUUCCUUAUCUACAAUAAUUUGUCAGGGUCCAUUCCUCCAACAUUUAGCAAUCUUACUCAUUUGGAAUCAUUGCAAUUAGGACAUAACCAUCUCAGUGGUCAAUUACCUGAAAAUUUAUGCAGCAAUGGAUUACUCGUUAAUAUUUCAGUUAUCAACAACAAUUUGACGGGUCAGAUCCCAACAAGUUUGAGAGACUGCAAAAGUUUAUACAGAGUUAGGCUUGAAGGGAAUCACUUGACAGGAAAUAUAUCAGAAGCUUUUGGUGUAUAUCCAAAUUUGAAUUAUAUUGCAUUAAGCAAUAACUGGUUUUAUGGUGAACUUUCUCCAAAGUGGGGGCAAUGCCAUAAUCUGACAAGCCUACAAAUCUCCAAUAACAAUAUUUCUGGAAAGAUACCACCUGAGUUGGAACAUGCAACUCAAUUACAGGAACUCGAUCUCUCUUUCAAUCAUCUAAUCGGUGAGAUUCCCAAGGACUUGGGAUCUUUAUCAUUGAUGUUUCGUCUUUUGCUAAGUGGUAACCAACUUUCAGGCAAAAUUCCAUUAGAGAUUGGAGUUCUUUCAAAUCUAGAACAUCUAAACUUGGCAUCAAAUGAUUUAAGUGGACCAAUUCCUAAUCAACUUGGAGAGUGCUCAAAGUUUUUGAGCUUGAAUUUGAGCAGGAAUAAACUUGGAGAAAGCAUUCCUUUUUCAUUAAGCUACAUAUAUGGUUUGCGAAGUCUAGAUUUGAGUCAAAAUUUGCUUGUUGGAGUGAUACCACAACAGCUUGGAAAAUUACACACCUUGGAAAUAUUGGAUCUUUCUCACAAUAUGCUCCGUGGUUCAAUCCCGAUUGAUUUCCAUUAUUUGCAAAGCUUGACGUUUGUGAAUAUCUCUUACAAUCAAUUAGAAGGCCCCAUUCCCAACAUUAAGGCAUUUCAUGAGGCUUCAUUUGAUGGCUUAAGAAACAAUAAGGGCCUCUGUGGUAAUGCCACUGGAUUAAUGCCUUGUGCUUCUAUCACUAGCAACAAAAUGGGUCAUAAAAAACGCACUACAGUCACCAUUUUAGUUGUACUUUUACCCUUUGGUAUUCCGCUUCUGAUAUUUACCUUGGCUGGAGGUUUCCUUAUUCUUCGCCAAAAGAUUCGAAACAAAAAAUCUGAGUCAAGGGAGGCACAACUUGGAGAUAUUUUCACAGUAUUGGGAUUUGAUGGAAGAAUACUCUAUGAGAAAAUUAUUGAAGCCACAGAAGAUUUCAGCUCCAACUAUUGCAUUGGUUCAGGAAGAUAUGGAAAUGUUUAUAAGGCUGUGCUGCCAAUGGGUCAGGUGGUUGCUGUCAAGAAACUUCACCAGCAUGAAGAUAGCAUGCUUAUCAACAACUUGAAAGCCUUUGAAAGUGAGAUUCAUGCUUUAACAGAAAUAAGGCAUCGUAAUGUUGUGAAAUUACAUGGUUUUUGUUCACAUUCAAAGCACUCAUUUCUGGUUUAUGAGUUUAUGGAAAGGGGAAGUUUGAGAAUGAUCUUAAGCAACAAUGAAGAGGCAGCAGAAUUGGAUUGGAUUAAGAGGCUCAAUGUUGUCAAAGGAUUGGCCAACGCUUUGUCUUAUAUGCAUCACGACCAUUCACCACCUAUAAUUCAUCGAGACAUUUCCAGCAACAAUGUUCUCUUGGAUUUCGACUAUGAGGCUCAUGUCUCAGAUUUUGGCACAGCUAGGCUUUUAAAUCCAGACUCCUCCAACUGGACCUCAUUUGCAGGCACCAUCGGGUACACAGCUCCAGAGUUAGCUUAUAUGAUGAAAGUAGAUGAGAAAUGCGAUGUCUACAGUUUUGGGGUGCUAACAAUGGAAAUUCUUAUGGGGAGGCAUCCAGGUGAUCUGAUUUCAUGUUUGUCCUCAUCACUGUCGGCACCGGAAGCAAACGACCAAAAAAUUUUACUACAAGGCGUGAUAGACCAACGUCUCUCACCACUCGUAAGACAAGUAGCAAAGGAUGUUGUCUUUGCUACAAAACUAGCAUUUGCAUGCGUGAAUGGCAACCCUAAAUUUCGGCCAACCAUGGGACAGGUUGCUCAAGCCUUGACCCAUCCAUCACCUCAAUUGCCCAAGCCUUUCUCAAUGAUAGAGUUGGGAGAAUUGUUUGGUGGAGUUCCAGGCUGAGAUGCUAAUAAUUGGAGGUUGAGAAUAUAUAAUAACAUUAGGUAUGCCUUUUUGCUUAUCAAUUUACCUUUUCUUCCAAGAAUUUUGUCACUGUGAAUAUCAAUUGGUCUAAUUAGUUAGGAAUUAAUAUUUUAAUUGGGACACCAGAUUGACGCUGGAACGACCAAUUUCGUUAUAAGCUGCCUGUAAACUUAGCUUGCUUUUGAAAGAUGAAAUGAAGUCAUCUGGCGCGGGGUUCUCCUUCUUUUAUCUAUA